AUGUCACAGUCUCGACCACCAUCGCAGAUGCAUCUGCCGGGCAGGACCAGAUCGCGAUCUCCCGUUUCUCGUCCGACGACUCCGCUUCGCCCGUCCUCUCGCUCCUCAUUCCGAACGUCGCAAAGCAAUGUCUUUGCCGGACCGUCCCCUCUCGACAAUUUAGAACCUCAGUUUGCAGAACUGGGCGACUCAAUGGCGGAUCUAGAGGCUAACAUGAUGCAUCUUCAACUCAUGCAUGAAAGUCUCAGUCGAUUUGCAGAAAGCUUCGCCAGUUUCUUGUACGGCUUGAACAUGAAUGCAUUUGUUGUCGACUUUCCUGAAGCUCCAAUCCCGGCAUCAUUCGAGCGUUUUCAGAAACGUCAGGGCCAAAAGCAGGCCGAUGAGACGGGCAUCUUGCAAAACAGUGCCCCGGAGAGUGGACUGGUGGAGGCCGAACCCACUUCCUUGAACGCAGAUGCCAGCUUUGCAAGUCUGAAGGCCACGCCUCGUCGAAAAAGUAUAGCGCCGUCGGCCGUCCCGAGUACGGCAUCGACUGUGAAACAAAGUGGUAUUCCUGGUCGUGGAGGUAGUACUAUAGGAAGAGCGGGCAGAGCAACAGGUCGAGGCGCGAGAGGAAGCGGUCUACCGCGCGGAAAGGGGAGAGGAGCCAGAUAA